AUGGGUCCGUUCUUGGGGCGCGAGCCGAUUGUUACCUGCGGUCCUGGGAACACCGCUCUCCCUAGGGACGCUACUCUCCCUGGGGACAUUACUCUCCCUGGGGACACUCUCCCUGGGGACGCUACUCUCCCUGGGGACACUGCUCUCCUGUGGACAUGGCUCUCCCUGGGGACGCUACUCUCCCUGGGGACACUACUCUCCCUGGGGACAUGGCUCUCCCUGGGGACAUGGCUCUCCCUGGGGACACUACUCCCUGUUGGACACUGCUCUCCCUGGGGACAUGGCUCUCCCUGGGGGCAUGAUUUCCCUAAGACAGGCGAUAUACGGCGUCGGCUCAGCUUUCCUGCGGCCAACCCCCUGCUGCCACCAGCCGUGGAUGGUCCUGUGAGGCGGCUGUGCCUACCGGGUAUAAAUAUGCGUGGUUUCCCCCUCAAGCCCUUCCGUUCCUCCCUCCUCCUUAUUAUCUCGACUCAUCCUACACCGCCGCGAGACACCAACCACCGAGAGGCCCUUGCGUACUCGAGGACAACCGAGUGA